CCCGACGGCGCCGCGGGCUGGCUCCCGGCUCCCGGCCCGGGCUCCCCCGUCCCGGGCCCUCGCCUGGGCUGCGCCGCGCUCCGCAACGUGACUGGCGCGCAGUACGUGGGCUCAGGCUACACCAAGGCCGUGUACCGGGUCCGCCUGCCCGGAGGCGCCGCGGUGGCGCUCAAGGCGGUGGACUUCAGCGGCCACGAUCUGGGCAGCUGCGUGCGCGAGUUCGGGGCACGGAGGGGCUGCUAUCGGCUGGCGGCCCACAAGCUGCUUAAGGAGAUGGUGCUGCUGGAGCGGCUGCGGCACCCCAACGUGCUGCAGCUCUAUGGCUACUGCUACCAGGACAGCGAGGACAUCCCGGACACCCUGACCACCAUCACGGAGCUGGGCGCCCCUGUGGAAAUGAUCCAGCUGCUGCAGACUUCCUGGGAGGAUCGAUUUCGAAUCUGCCUGAGCCUGGGCCGCCUCCUCCACCACCUGGCCCACUCCCCACUGGGCUCGGUCACUCUGCUGGACUUCCGCCCUCGACAGUUUGUGCUGGUGGAUGGGGAGCUGAAGGUGACAGAUCUGGACGAUGCCCGUGUGGAGGAGACGCCAUGCGCAAGCAGUGCUGACUGCAUACUGGAAUUUCCAGCCAGGAACUUCACCCUGCCCUGCUCGGCCCAGGGCUGGUGCGAGGGCAUGAACGAGAAGCGGAACCUCUACAAUGCCUACAGGUUUUUCUUCACAUACCUCCUGCCCCACAGUGCCCCGCCCUCACUACGGCCUCUGCUGGACAGCAUUGUCAACGCCACAGGAGAGCUCAUCUGGGGGGUAGAUGAGACCCUGACCCAGCUGGAGAAGGUGCUGCACCUGUACCGGAGCGGGCAGUAUCUACAGAACUCCACAACCAGCAGUAGCACCGAGUACCAGCGCAUCCCAGACAGCACCAUCCCCCAGGAGGAUUACCGCUGCUGGCCAUCCUACCACCAUGGCAGCUGCCUCCUUUCUGUGUUCAACCUGGCUGAGGCCAUGGAUGUCUGUGAGAGCCAUGCCCAGUGCCAGGCCUUUGUGGUCACCAACCAGACCACCUGGACAGGUCGGCGGCUGGUCUUCUUCAAGACUGGAUGGAGCCAAGUGGUUUCUGAUCCCAGCAAGACCACAUAUGUGAGGGCCUCUGGCUUACCUACCUGAGGGCUCAGCUGAGCACCCUCGCCAGCUGGGCUUGCCUGUGGAGGGAGUGACUAGCACUAGCAGCAAUGCGUGUCACCUGGGAACUCCUACAGAUGAGGCUGACAUCCCAGACAGACCGACGUGACCAGGACAAACGUGCAAUAAUGCAAAAUGUUAAAAUGUGAGUUUACCAGCCUAGAUGUGGGACUGCUGGCUCCCAGGCCAGGAAUCAUGGGGGGCUGACUGCCUCUCCAACCCUCUGGGCUGCAAGCAAGGCUCAGGAUAGUCUUCCCAAUGGGGGCUGUGUCCCUCACUGGGAGUUCUGUGGGCAGCCUCAUCACUGUGUUCAUAGUGUGAGAAUGUAGCCAAAGCCCUGCUGCUGCUGCACAACAGCAGGCAGUGGGCUGCGUGGGGACAAUCGGUCAUGGAGUGUUCUCUCAGCUUAAGCUCCAGGCAGGGGACUUGGCUGCAGGAUGCUCUGGGAUGUGGGUGAUUGUGUCCUUGGGGAGGCUGUCUCUGGCCUCCCGACAGGGGGUACUCCCAGGCCGGCCCAGGGGUCGGGGCAGAGGAGCACACGUCCAGAUGAGCCAAGACUAGGGUGGAGGAGCAGGUUGCGGUUUGAGCCAGGACCUGGAGCGGGGGUGAGACCGGGGCCUUUCUGCCUCAUUUGCUUUCAGUGAAAGCCACAAAGCAGCCGAAACCAGGCUUUCCCCCCUCCUGGAGUUUGUAUAUCCAGAAGCUUUUGUACUUAUUCAUUAAAUUGUUUAUUUUUGUAAAAAAAAAAAAAAAAAAGAAAGAAAGAAAGAAAAAGAAAUCAAUCAGUUAAUAAAAUGAUGUUUCACAGCAAAAA